AUGCAAAAACUAGCCAUCUUGACAUUGGUUCUUGCUCUUGCAGCUUCCAAGUUUGUAGAUACACAUGCAAGCUUGGCUUAGAUUGAUUCUAAUCCAUUUGGAAAUGUUGUGUUGUCAGCAAUCAAGGCACACUUAUAAGCUUAAACACCAGCCAAUGAGGUCAAUAUGUUAUUGAAUGGUGUUGCUGCUGGAUUAUAAUAAGAUUAAAAUGACCAUGAUCAUGCUUUUGAACUUGAUACAACCACAAACAAUAGAGUAAGAAUAUUAAACCAUAUAAUAGAUCGUUGAAGAUUUAGAAAAGGAAAUCUUGUAUCACUAAAAUCAAAUCUCAUCUAACACUUAAUUGAGAGAUGACACAAUUGAAGCAUUGGCUGUUUCUGAAGAAGACAUUAGAGUCACAAUUUCAGACAUUGCAACAAAUGAAUAAACUUAUGCUAGAGAAGAAGCCACAAGAAACUAAUAACACGAAACCUUUGUUGCUAAAGUCGCUGCCAUCGAUGAUGUUAUUGAUGCUAUUGAUGAUGCUGCCAAACUCGUCUAACAUUUGAGCUUAGGUGCUUCAUUUGUCUAAGUUAAAUCAAAGUAUGAAACAGUUCACAAGAGACUUACUGACAACACCUCACAUAGCCAACUCUUAUAAGUAAAUUAUAUCUUUCUAUAAUCUAUUUUUUAGCCAGUUGUUGUUGCUCUUGCUGAAUUAGCUACUCACGGAGUUAACUAAAAGGCCUUAACCAAGAUUGCUUAAUUAUUGAGCGAAAUCAGAUAAUAAUUAGUCUAAGAAAAGGCUGUCAAGACAGUAAUUAAAUUAAUUAAAAUAAAUAGGACGUUGAAGAUAGAUAAGCUGCACAUUGGGCUGAAUUCAGCGCUCAUUUGAGCAAUGAACACACCAGAUUGGUUGAAAGAAAAGCUUAAUUGGAAGUCUAAAUCUAAGAAUAAAAGGAUACAAUUGAAGAUGCUUAAUCAUGGAUCGAAUUCCACACCUUAGAAUUAGAGAACAGUGAAGAAAGACUUGCUGGAUAAUAAGCAUGGUAUGCAGUCUAAUCAGAAAUCUAUGAAACUUAAACUGCUGAAAGGUAAUAUAUAAGUAAUAUCAUAUUUUAGAGCUGCUUAAAAUGAAAUCGUUGAUAGACUUUAAGAACACAUCAGUGAAAAAUUAUCAACCACCGCUCAAUUCAUCAGCAAAAGAAAUUGAU